AAAAAAUAGGUUGACAUUGACGUCUAUCUUUAAAAAAAUUGUCUUUUGAGUUGUCCGCUCUCUUUGCAAUCAUGGCGGUGACCAGCAUUUCUAAAAAGCGAAAAUUCGUCGGCGACGGAGUUUUCAAGGCGGAAUUAAACGAGUUCCUUACUCGGGAGCUGGCUGAGGAUGGGUACUCCGGUGUGGAGGUGCGUGUCACCCCGACGCGUUCGGAAAUUAUCAUCAUGGCAACGAGAACACAGAGCGUGCUUGGUGAGAAGGGCAGAAGAAUCCGCGAGUUGACCUCCGUAGUACAAAAGAGGUUCAACAUUCCUGAAAAGUCCGUGGAGCUCUACGCUGAGAAGGUGGCUACGAGGGGUCUGUGCGCAAUCGCUCAGGCUGAAUCUCUCAGAUACAAGCUUAUUGGAGGUCUUGCUGUUAGGCGUGCAUGCUACGGUGUACUCCGAUUCAUCAUGGAAUCUGGUGCCCGUGGCUGUGAGGUAGUUGUGUCCGGCAAGCUGAGAGGCCAGCGUGCCAAGUCCAUGAAGUUUGUGGAUGGUCUUAUGAUCCACUCUGGAGACCCAUGCAAUGAUUAUGUGAACACUGCAACAAGGCACGUUCUUCUAAGACAGGGAGUGCUUGGAAUCAAGGUAAAGAUCAUGUUGCCGUGGGAUCAACAAGGCAAGAACGGACCCAAGAAGCCUCAACCCGACCACAUCCUGGUAACAGAGCCCAAGGACGAGCCGGUGCCGCUCGAGCCCACGUCGGACGUGCGACCUGUCGCGCCAACGCCGCUGGCCGCGCAACCUGUUCCCCCCGUCGCUUAGAUUAUAAGCUAACAAAUAAAAAAAUACUUAAAACUGUA